UCCGACCUCGUGGUUUGAACCACAACGACCACUAACUUCGACAACUCACAGCACACGGUAUAUCCAAGAGCAGAGCUCUUCUGUCUACCCUGGAUAUUUGCCUCGUGAAUCGGUGACAGAGCAGGAUGUCCACUUUCGAGCCUGUGGUCGUCAUUGACGGCAAGGGGCACCUUCUUGGUCGCCUUGCCAGCACCGUUGCGAAGCAGCUUCUCAAUGGCCAGAAGAUCGUCGUUGUGCGCUGCGAAGCUCUCAAUAUCUCUGGCGAAUUCUUCCGUGCCAAGCUGAAGUACCAUGCCUACCUCCGCAAGAUCACUCGUUUCAACCCGACCCGAGGAGGCCCAUUUCACUUCCGCGCUCCAUCCCGGAUUUUCUACAAGGCCGUCCGAGGCAUGAUCCCACACAAGACUCCCCGUGGUGCCGCUGCCAUGGAGAGACUAAAGGUCUUCGAGGGUGUCCCACCACCAUAUGACAAGAAGAAGAGAGUUGUUGUCCCUCAAGCUCUCCGAAUCCUCAGAUUGAAGCCGGGCCGCAAAUACUGCACAGUUGGACGUUUGAGUCACGAGGUUGGCUGGAAAUACCAGGAUGUCGUUGCUAGACUCGAGGAAAGACGCAAGGCCAAGAGCUCUGCAUACUACGAGCGCAAGAAGGCCACCCGCAGGCAGCUUGCACAGGCCCAGAGAACCGCCUCUGUGUCUCAACAGACAAAGGAGCAGCUUGCUUCUUACGGUUGUUAGAAUAUCUUGGCGGAUUUGUGGUUUCGAAUUUUCGGUGCAAUGUGGGCAUUGACGAGCGAAUUGGGACGGCGAUCCGAUCGAUGUGUACACAUUCUACCAUCAGGAAGGCCCUUUUAUGACUCAGGGAACAUCGUGAUGGGAGUAAGGAAAUUAAAAAAACAAAAUUGAUUUCUACAUUAUGGCGUCGUUAGGGAUAAGGCUAGUUCAUAGCUCUCUACCACUCCGUUGCUCCAGGCCCCUUAAUCAAGAUGAUCUUUCCAAGCAAGCUC